AUGGACGAUGCCGUUUGUAUAAGUAACGAAAAAUAUCGCCUCACUUACGCGGAUGGGCUUCCCGCCUCCUGCUUCUUGACACAAGACACAUUUCCUCUGCAGCCAGCCUUUCCACGCAAACUGAACCUGACGCACGAAUCUCACCAUGUCCUCGCCUCCGGAUACUCCAUCUGGGGAUCAUCCCCUGCACAUUGUGCUCACAGCUUUCCUUCUUUUCGGCAGCGGGUGCACCUGGAGGUCGCAGUGAAGCGUCCUGUUUUGCUAUCGAUCUCGGAGUCUCAAAACGAUUAUUAUGCCGCAUCUUGGUUUGCUUCCCACGACAACUACCUUGCUGUCCUCAUGUUGGCAUGGGCGUACAUCUUAUCAGCUCGCUGGGUGGAAGUAAUGUCUCCAUCUUGCUCCCUCGUCUAUACCGACAGUCAGGCAAAUCACGACACGAACACGGACUGCAGAGGCGUUCAAAACUCUCUAGUUGUAGACAUUGGUCCUGCAAACCCAGAGGAAGCUCGAUGGUGGGCUGCCAUUCUUGCACAAGGUCAGGGUUGGCUGGCAACUAUGCAACCUUCCUAUUAUUCACCAUGGUCGAUCAAUCUCCAAUCAAACCCGGAGUUCUCCUUGUCAGCAGAAGUGAGUGCUUUACCUUUGAUGGGUUCUGCCUCGUCGUGCUUAGAUGCCUGCGGCUUUCUGAACAAGUUCUGCUUACGUCACAACAUCGUCGAUCAAAGUCACGCUGCACUGGCUGCAGUUCUUUUAUUCCCAUCUAUGGGCAAUGGUGGAACUCUGCAAAUGCCGUUUCAUAAAGUCGACCAACAUAAGCAAUCACCCGAGCGCCCGCUCACCCUUCAUGACGGUUGUUCGCAGCUCAAUGACAUAUAUGAUGGGCAACACCUUGAUCGAUUUCUCACACUGAGCUGCAACAUCAGGGGCAUACGUCCAAUGCUUCUCAGUGUCUUUUACGAGCCCAGCGUAGAAUGCAACGCUGUAACACCGUGGCUUCAGGGAACUUUAGCCGCGAUUGAGUCUUUGACUGACAAUGAUCCGUCGGUUCUUGGGCGUAUGUGUAUGGAACGGACACCUGAGGUCGCGUUCAUCUGGCUCGGCGCUAGUAUUUUAGGCCUGCAAAAGAGCAUAUUGCAGGGGGUCCAUUAUGGACAAAUACCAAUCGACCUUCACUCCGCUGUGUGGUCGAGGACAGUCCAGUCAUUUAUACAGCAGCCUGUAUCUAAGCCCCUCGUGACAGAUGGGCACGUGCAGCGCGCGGAUGAGUGCCGUUUGCUCUUCCUCUCUCAGUCCGACCACCACACUCGCGUUCCGGUAUGUCAAUGGAAACCUUUCGGCAGUACUCCUACGGACGAUGUCGAUGUCGAAGUACGAAUCCAUGCACAGUGCAAAGACCAUCAACUUCAAUAUAAAGGGUUCGCUUGGGACUGCACGGAGGGCGAAUCAGAAUCGCAAGUCUCAGGAGACUAUGUUGGUCUCCCUCGUAUUCAUUCAAGUAUACAAGACUUCGACUGUGCAUACGAAAUCCCGAAUGCAGAGGAACUGAAUCACAAGAACGAGGUCAUCUCUGAGAAUGCAACACGCAUCAUUCUGCGCUGGCUGCGCGUCGACGGACAUGCACCACAUGAAUUGGAGACGUUCAAGCACGAAUGGCUCAAUGCAUAUGACUCAGAUGAAGAGGAGGUACUUUUAGACGAAGUCUCGUCCCCCAGUGGAAGCCGAUCUUCGUCGCGGGUUAAGCAAUGGAUAUCUUGUCUAGAACAGCCACCUUUAUAAUAUCACAAAGAC